AUGUGCGGCAUUCUCGGUCUUAUCUUGGCCGACUCGUCGAGCGCCGAUGCUGCUGUUGACCUGCACGAGAGUCUCUACUACCUCCAACAUCGUGGCCAGGAUGCUUGUGGUGUCGCGACCUGCGCAACUGGUGGGCGCAUCUUCCAGUGCAAGGGCAAUGGCAUGGCGUCCAAGGUGUUUGAGGAUGGCAAGCGUGUCUCGGACUUGCCCGGGUACAUGGGCAUUGCCCACUUGCGGUAUCCGACUGCGGGGACGAGUUCGAGUGCCGAGAGCCAGCCGUUCUACGUCAAUUCCCCUUAUGGCAUCUGCUUUGCGCACAACGGCAACCUUAUCAAUGCGAACGAGCUGCGAGACUACCUUGACAAGGAGGCCCACCGCCAUGUGAACACCGACUCGGACAGCGAGCUGAUGCUCAAUGUCUUCGCCAACGCCCUCAACGAAACGGGUAAGGCCCGCGUCAACGUCGAUGACAUCUUCAGCUCCCUGGCCCAGACAUAUCAGCGUUGCAAGGGCGCAUGGGCUGCCACAGCCAUGAUUGCAGGUUUUGGUAUUCUCGCUUUCCGCGACGCCUUUGGCAUCCGCCCCUUGAUCAUGGGCAGCCGGCCGUCGGCCACGAUCGAAGGCGGUACGGACUACAUGCUUGCGUCGGAGAGUAUUGCCCUCCGCCAACUGGGGUUCCGCAACUUCCAGGACAUCCUCCCCGGUCAGGCAGUGUUCAUCCAGAAGGGUGGCACACCGCAAUUCCACCAGGUCGCCGAGGCGCAGGCCCGGCAGAACAUGGGCGCCAAGCUGGCCGACAAGCUGCGUGAAGUGCUCGGCGAGGAGGGCAUAAAGGAGAUCGACGUCAUUAUCCCGGUCCCCGAGACGAGCAACACGGCGGCGGCCGUCGUGUCGGAGCGCCUCAGCAAGCCCUUCUCGAACGGCUUCAUCAAGAACCGCUACGUCUACCGCACCUUCAUCCUGCCCGGCCAGAAGGCGCGUCAAAAGAGCGUGCGCCGCACGCUGAGCGCCAUGGAGUCUGAGUUCAACGGCCGCGUCGUGUGCCUCGUCGACGACUACAUCGUCCGCGGAAUCCACCAGCAGGGAGAUUGUCAGCAUGGCGCGCGAGGCGGGCGCGCGCAAGCUCACCCCAACCACCCCCUCUGA